AUGUCCGUCCUCUUCUUUCUCCUCUUGUUGUAUGCUUUGUACAUCGCGUCGAUUCCUUUUCGCGUGAGCACCAGCCUGAAGCCCGCCCAGCAGCUGAACCGCUCCCUAAGUCGAAGGAGCAUCAUCAGUCUCACCCACUUCGCUCGCUGCCGACUGUCUCCGCUCCCUCCCGCUUGGGCCGCCGUCGCGUCCCUCGCUGACCGGGCCUCCUUCCACCCUGCGAAGAGCUUCCUCAGCCACUCAAUGCAGGCGCCGCUAAGCAAGUGCGCCAUUGUCGCCCUAGGCGGGUUCUCAUCUUCCUCGGACCUCAGGAGUGCCCCUCGUCGGUGCCUCUACUGCGCCAUUCGAGGUCGCAUUAGCACUUGCGACUUGGAGCACUAA